AUGUACAAGAACAAUGCUCUUACUUUCGAUUCGUUGUAUCAAGUCGCCAAAGGGGGCAAAGAGAAAGAAAAGAAAACGAUUUUACGGGCUGACAGGAGUGUUUUACAGCAUCUUAUCGGUGCUUACGGAGCUGGUCGAGAAGUAGAUUUACAUAAUGUUUUGUCGCAUGAGCUAAUGUCCGUACCCAUAUCAUUAGCGGAAACGAAUGGUAAACUUAGAACUGGCCAGAAAGCAGCGCUGGCUGAUGUUCUCACCAGGAGAAUUGAAUGUCCGAGUGCUAUAGAUUUGCAAGGAAGUGCAUGUUUACUGAUUGACGACAUGGCGUUAGUAGCAGCAGUAGGAAAACCUGCCGACGCUCAAACCUUCGGAGCCUAUGGAGAUAGAUUCCAAGAUGCCGUAUUGGUAGCAGGUUCGCGGUAUCAGCAAAUUCACGUACUAUUCGACAGGUGCGAGAAGAGUUCAAUCAAAGCAGGCACGAGAGAACACCGUACCAGGACUAUUCGCCCCGUUCGUCGUGUAAUUGAGAACAAGAAUGUUCCACUCCCGAACAGCUGGUCAAAUUUCUUAGCUUUACCGGAAAACAAGGCAAACUUGGCCAAAUUUCUGUCCGAACAUUUAAUUGCAAAUGCACCUCAAGAGAAAGUCAUUGUUGUUGCAGGUGGAUUUUCCGACAGAAAAGAAGCGCAAUCGUCAAGCCAAUUGGUUGAUCCUUCCCUUUUGUGCGCAGAUCACGAAGAAGCUGAUACAAGAUUGGUUCUACAUGCUAUCGUCAACAGUUGUGACACGGUUGUUGUGUCUGCCAGAGAUACUGACGUACUGUUAUUUCUUGUGGCGCAUUUACCAAGUAUGCCUUCUCCAAAUGUGUGGAUGAUGGCAGGAACAGCGGCCAGGCGCAAGUUCUUUAACAUCAGGGCGAUAAGCGAGAAUCUUUCCGCGGGAUCACUAUCAGCGCUCCUCCCUUUCCAUGCGCUGACUGGUUGUGACACAACGUCAAAUAUCUCCAACCACUCCAAAUUGUCAGAGUGGAAGACAUUUCAAGACAAACAUUACCUUCUAGCGUCGCUAGGUGAAGGAGAACUAUCGGCCAACAAAGUCAGGGAUGCCGAAAAGUUCAUCUGUGCGAUUUACAACUGCGGGCACAUGGAAUCAGUGAAUGAUGCGCGAGUUCUUCUCUUUUCGAAGACAAAGAAACCUGAAGCGUUGCCUCCGACCAAGGACGCACUGGAAUUGCAUAUCAAGCGCGUGCACUAUCAAUCACUCGUGUGGAAACAAGCUUCAUGCCAGGAUCCUAUCCUGCCAAACCCGGACGGAAUGGGAUGGAAGAGAGAAAGCGAAGGCGGCAGUAAACUCGUCCCUCUCCUUAUGACAAAGGAACCCAUUCCGAAUGCAUUCAAAAAAAUUAUAACCUGCUCUUGUAAAAAUGGCUGCACGACAUUACGCUGUGGCUGCAAUAAAGCAAAGUUGUUCUGUACUGGCAUCUGCCGCUGCUCUGUGGACGAAAACAUUUCCUGCAAAAACAAAUGCGAUAAGUGA